GCGUUUGAAGUCAAUGUCAUUUCACAAACAAUUGCUAGUCAUGGAUAAAAACAUCUAACAAAACAUACACAACUCCUCAUGUGGCAUUCAACUGAUAAAAAAAAAGAUAAAAACCAAUUAGUGUUGUUGUCCUGAAUCGUGUUGUAACUCAAUUUUGUGCUAUGUUAUGUUUUGUUUUUAAUUCAUUAGAACAUUCCAAAUGAAGUAGAUCGAGUGAAAAUCGUGUCAUUGUUUGCAGCAAAGAAAAAAAUGAAUUGACAGAAAUAGUUCAUGUUUACAAAAUAGCUGACUCUGUCCAUUUUGUAUGAGAAUUACGCAAACGAAGAUAAGACGAUCGCUCAAAGUUCAAUAAAACCAUAAGUUUUUUUUAGAAAUUUUCCGUAUAUUUAAAACGAGCAAGCGUUCGUAGUGCAGUGCAUGUGUUCAAGGUCCAAGAAGGCAAAGUUCACCUAGUAAACUAGAAUUAUUCCAACGCUGGAUUAAACAAGAAGUGGUGGUUGAUGUCGAUCAUUAUUUAUGCCAAUCGUUCAACACUACAAUGUCGAAUGCAACCGAAGAUCUACCCGAAAUCCUGGCACGAGCUGUGACUGCCAUUCAGGAUCGACAACAAAGCAAUCAACAAAAUAGCCAAAGCAAUGUCAGCGGAUCAACCGAAUCAUUCCCAGACGUCCAUAAAUGGCGAAACAUACUAUCAUUUUGGGUGCUGGGAAUGUGCAACAAUUACGGAUUUGUUGUGAUGUUGAGCGCAGCAUAUGAUAUCAUUAAACGAUUCGAUGGAGUUUCGGACGAUAAAUACACGGAUGCAUUUGCAUUGGCCAUAUCUCGUGAUUGUAUAACAAUGCCCAUAGGAGUUUUAUUGCUGGCAGAUACAAUACCAUCGCUAACCAUUGCUCUGCUGGCACCAUUCCUGCCUUUUUAUAUCAACGUGCGAAUGGCAUUGGCAUGUUUACUAUCGGCGACUGGUUUUAUCGUUGUUGCAGCGGCUACACACCGAUGGCACGCUCUUCUUGGCAUUAUUAUUACGUCACUUAGCAGCGGGCUGGGUGAAACAUCAAUGCUCGCAUACACUGCGAAAUUCAACAGAAACGUCAUAUCAGCAUGGUCAUCGGGAACUGGUGCAGCUGGAGUGGCUGGAUCAUUGACAUACGCCAUGUUACUCAAAUACGGCUUUACGCCAAAAGCCACGUUACUUCUAAUGCUCGUCGUUCCUCUGAUACAACUAGCCACAUUCUCAACAAUUCUAAAGGAACCGAAUCGACUAUUCACUUCGUCGAGUGCAUCAUCGACUACUUCGUUAAUCGAUCACUCGCUCAUGGAUCACGAUAUUUCAAUAGCUCAAAUCCCAUUGAGUUUCAAACAGAAAAUUGAAUUCUUCCCAAAGAUGUUUAAAUAUGUGUUCCCUUUGUUUGCUGUUUACCUUUGUGAAUAUGUUAUCAAUCAGGGCUUGUUGGAUCUGAUAUUCUUCCCACAUAUUUGGUUAGAUCAUCCGGCACAAUAUCGCUGGUUGCAGGUUGACUAUCAAAUUGGUGUGUUUGUAUCGCGUUCAUCGCUCAGUUUCUUCGAAACCAAUCAAAUCUGGAUGAUGUCCAUACUCCAGUUUGUGAAUGUCGUUUACUUUUCAUUCCAAGCGGUAUUCAUGACCGUGCCGACCAUUUGGAUUAUUUUUGUGAUCGUAUUCUGGGAGGGAUUGCUAGGUGGCUGCUGCUAUGUAAACACAUUUAAUCGCAUAUCCAAAGAGUUGCCCAUACGGUACAAGAGUUUUGGACUGGGUAUGACAACAAUUGGUCAAUCAUGUGGUGUGGUUUUAGCCGGACUACUUGCGAUACCAAUACAUACCAUAAUAUGUCAAAUGCCUAUACCCAGCGUUUUGGAUUAGAUAAGAUUAAGUUGAACGAUGAACAGACUGAUAUCAUUUCGGACUGGUGGUGCUAUUUGUAAUAUACGAAUCUCGUAUGUUGUAUGUUAACUCAAAAAAUCUGUGAAUAAUGUGUUGAAACUACUUAAAAAAAAGAAACUCCGCCAAAUCAAAACUAUUUUUUUUCUACAUUUUUCUGUACACAUUUUCAGAAUAGUGAUUUUCGUCGAAAUUAUAAAGCUCAUUUCUAUAUAAACAUGUUUACUCUUCUUUUUUCAAAUUCUUCGUUCAAUUCCACUUGAUUGAUAACGAUUAUGCGAAUUUAUUGUACAUACAUCGCAACAGCUGUUCAUGACAGAAUUUGUUAAAUAAAUUUUCUUUUUUCAUAUAAGAA